AUGAUGGAUCUUCAGAAGCGCCCUCCUCAAUAUCCGUCGCUAUUUGGCGCCUCACACGACCCUCGUGCCGCUCCGCAGCCGCCUCCAACCUACAGCGUGCCUCCCCCUCAACAGGUCCACUACGAUUCGCUGAAGCAGCACGGUGUACCAUCAAGUCAACCUGCGAACACAAUGGCCUAUCCCUACUCCACAUCCAUGUCUUCUGCUCCGCCGACUCCUGCCUCAUCAACACCAUAUAACAUGCCGGCGCCGCUACGGGUAGACAAUCACAGCUAUCAAGUGCCGCAGAUGAACUAUGAAUUGCCCAAAAAACAUGAUCCUGGGCAGAAGGAUCACAAUAAGCGUCACCGUCGAAGCCACAGUCGCAACGACAGCCAUGAUCAGCUGACAUAUCGCGAAGGUCCGCAAGACCAAUCAUCCGCGUCUAGUGCCUUAGGAACCCGUCGAAUGCCGCCCCCUUCUCCACCACAACACUAUGCAUCACGGGGCCAGUCGGGAAAUUCAUCGCUGCCUGCUCCUUUCAUGUCUCGUGAGCCUCCCAACAACAUGGCUCAUCAUCGUCCUGGGAGCAGCAUGUCGAUAUCUUCCAUGCUAGGCUCGGACGCUGACCGACCAGCCCGGGAUGUAGGCUCGGCUUCAAUCUACUCUCGUGCUCCUGUAUCCUCCGGCCCAUAUGGUAGCGCACCUCCACCGUCCGCCCCAAGCGCAAUGUCACCACCUACUGCUCCCGCCAGGCCCUCGACGCUCGAUUACCCCAUGUUUCGUCGGUCAAAGACCCCCGAAAAAUCCUUCUCCAAGAACCAGCCCGGCCGUCCUUAUAGAGCAGGCGCUGGUAGUGUAUCGCAAGGUCCACCAGGCCCCGAACAAGCCAGGUUUACAGGCCUAUCGCGCGGCCAACCUCCGACACAGUUUCCAGACAAGCCUAGCUCUUCCCACGCGUCGCCCCAAUUGCAGUCUGCAUCCACAGAGCCGUCCUACCAUGAAUCGCGCCGCUUGAGCUUCAACGGACCCGUCCCUCGUCCCAACAGCCAGCCGCAACAUCUCGAGCGCUCGACGCGAUCGGCGGGUUAUAGUCCACUGUCGCGACCAGCGCCCGCGCCGGGGGCUGGAGACCAUUCGCUAGGGUCUGGACAUCAGCGCGCAGCAUCUUACGUCGGCCCCGAAUCGCAGCAAAGCCGGUUUGGGAACUUGUACGGUGAUCGGCUCGCAGAAGAGCAAGCGCAUCGCGACAGGGAGCGGGCGGCGGCUCAUGAAGCUGAAUCGAAAGCCUCUCAUUCUCAGUCUCGAUAUGGUCCUCAUUAUGGCGAUCACGACGCCGCGGGAGCUCGCCAUUCUGGUGCAUCUUCCUGGGAUCUCAGUCGCUCCCAACCCCCCUCGCCGGAAACAAAGCGCUUCCCGGCUCCAGAGCAAGGCUCCGCAUUCGGGUUUGGCGCCAUUCAGAGCUAUACCAAGUCUCUCGGAUUACAGCCAGGGGGGUCGCGGCAGCCAUCUUUGUCCAUGCAGCCCCGCCAGAACCAGCCGACCCCAUCGAAUGAACAGCAAUCCUACCUGAGCAAGCUUCAGACGGAACCCCGGCUGUUCGGCUCGGCAUCGUCAGGUGGGGGGCCGUCGUCUCUGGCCCAUUCUGCCACAUCCGACGAUCAGCGCCGAAAGGGGAGUGAUGAGCUGCUACAUCAUCGAAAUCUACUCGGCGUCGGCCUUGACGCCAAACGCGGAGGACGUGCGUCGCCUUUACCUCAAGCCGUCCAAGGAGUGCAGGCUCAGAUCCUUGGCCCGGCCGGCGAAGCUGGCAUCAAGAGUGAACUGGGCCGCGUUUUCUCUGGUAUUGGAAGUGGUGUGGGUGGCGUCACAGCCGCUACUGCAGGCAGUGGGCCCUCCACCCCGAUGACCGUCAGUCCCUUCAAGCGCGAUAGCAUUGCCGGUCGUUCAACCAACAGCGAGGCGACACUGGAUGAUUCUAAAACCAAUCGGCCUGCAUCCACUACGGGCAAGCGUUCUCGAAAAUCACGCGAUGAGGACAGCAAGGCGGAUAGUGAGCCUGGUUCAGAUCGACUCGGUACGUCUGCAAUUAGCAGGCGCGGUCGUCAUGUUCAUCACCACCAUCAUCACCAUCAUCACCACCGCCCCAAGCCUGAAGAAGAUAAUGCUGCCGCUUCAAGUACAUCCCAUCGGCCUGUGUCCUCGAUGAAUUUCUUCCACCGCACAUCCACACCAGCGGAAGCUGCAGCGUCCGGAAUGUCGAUUGGGCAUCAUCACCACCACCACCAUCACCAUCACCAUCAUACAUCACGUCCGACAGCUUCCACGGCGAACCCCGCAGCUAUGUCGCCGAUGCGUGAAACUCGGACUGUGGUUACGGUUGAACCUGUUGUCUCGAGUGUAGCCCAUCUUCCGCGGCAUCAUCUUGGGUCCACCCUGUAUACUCCACGUAUUGAUAUUCCUUCAGCGAAAGCUACCUUGGAGAGCGCCAAAUUUGGCUACACCACCACUCCGGUCCCGAUUCCCCGAUUUGAAGGCAAGGAAAACUGCACAUUUACCGUUCGUGUGCCUCGUUUCCGUAUCGACACGGGCCGCCGCGAGGAAAUAUGCGCGCGGCGCGCCCUCUGGGGCACCGGAAUCUAUACGGAUGAUUCAGACCCGGUGGCGGCAGCCAUACAUUCUGGAUUCUUCCGUGGUGCUUGGGGUGAGGAGAUUGACGUGGAUAUGCUUGACCUCGAGAUUCGUGACGCAUAUCAACACGCGCCUAAAACGGCGGAGGAUAUGGGCCUGACAGGAGACCGACCACGGAUUCCGCCGGUACCUCCAACAGACAAGGAUCUCCACAUCACGCUCCUGAUCCUGCCGAAGCUGGAGCGAUAUGAAUCCAGCGUCCUGUUUGGGCUGAAGUCUCGUUCCUGGGAUGGCAACCACGAUGGCAUGAGCUUUAAAGUGCUCCGCGUGGAGUGGGUUGACGAGGGUGUCGGUCGCGGCGAGGAACGCGGCGGCGAGGCUCGACGAAAGCGAUUGCGCAAUCUGAUGCAGUCCGGACGGAUUUGCACUGGGCCAGGAGUGGUCAAGCUGGACCAGCUUCGUAGCGGCAUUCAAGUGCCGCGGCGCCAAAAUAGGGCAAUGGAUAAGCCAGAAGCGUCUGCGCCGGUUCAGACUGUCUCUUGA